AUGUUUAGUCACUCAUAUAUGACACUUUGCGACACCCCAUGGAUUGAAGGACACCAGGCUUCCCUGUCUUUCACUAUCUCCCAGAGUUUGCUUAAACUCAUGUUCAUUAAAUCAGUGAUACUAUACAACCAUCUCAACCUCUGUCAUCCCUUUCUCCUCCCACCCUCAAUCUUUCCCAACAUCAGGGUCUUUUCCAAUGAGUCGACUCUUUGCAUCAAGUGGCCGAACUAUUGGAGCUUCAGCUUCAGUGACAAUCCUUCCAAUAAAUAUUUAGGGUUGAUUUCCUUUAGAAUUGAUUGGUUUGAUCUUCUUGCAGUCCAAGGGACUCUUCAAGAGUCUUCUCCAGCACCACAACUUGAAGGUGUCAAUUCUAUGGUGCUCAGCCUUCUCUAUGGUCCAACUCUCACAUCUGUACAUGACUACUGGAAAAACCAUAGCUGUGAUCUAUACUGA